AUGGCUUUCAGCAGGACGCUGCACCUCGUGGCUCUGAUCUUGAUGCAAGGGGAUUUUCCAGGAGCUGGCAGUGAAACCAUAACUCUAAAGGAAGGAGAAGACCUACAUCUCCACUGCACCCUCAGCAGUGACAGCAGCUCUGCCCGGCAGUGGUUGAACCCUCAGGGAUUUGCCAUUUUUCUUAACACCCAGCGGGCUUUAAGAGAUCAGAGGUACAAACUUGUCCAGUAUUCAAAGGAUGAACUGUCCAUCCAGCUGUCUAAUGUAACAGUGCAUGAUGAAGGCAUCUAUAGAUGCUUCUACUACAGCUUCCCAUUCAAAAGCAAGAACACAACUGUUGAAGUAUUAGCUGCUCCUUCUCAUCCAGUACUGGAAGUGUCCCAGGGCAGAGAAAGAACUAUCACACUGUCUUGCUACACCCAAGGAUGUAAACCACAGCCCCAGGUUACCUGGCUGUUGGACAACGGGAUCGAGCUCCCUGGUGACACUAAGCACAAGUUAGAAGCUGAUGGGAAGAAAUGGACCACGACCAGCACCCUGACAGUCCUGGCCUAUGGGCCCAACUCCUUGGCCAGCUGCAUCGUUCGCCACCAAGCACUAGGAGAAGAGAAGCUGAUGGCACCUUUCCGGUUUGAGGACCUCUCUAGGAUAGCGACAAAACCAAAUCCUACACCGACUGUGCCAGAGGUGGAUACACGUGUCUCUGAGAAGGAGCAAUCUACAGUGACCACAGCAGCGUCAGAGCGGAGCAGCAGCACAGCCUCCACUCCCAGCUACACACCACAGGCUGGAUCUGAACAACCAGCCAUCCCUUCUGCAGCACCAGAGGAUUCAAUAGGUGCCAGCUCAACAUCAACACCAGCUCAGCAAAACCUCCAGCCAAAUGUCACACCUGCUUGGACUGAAGCAGCACUCAGAGGCAACACCACAGAAGAGGAACUUCCCAAGACAGAGCUCACAUCACCAAGUGAAAAUGUGACAGUGAUUUCUGCCAUCACCUGUGCUAAAGACCUGAACCCUGAAGUCUUCCAAAAGAAAGAGAAACAUCUCCUGCUGCCUAUCUUGGUGGCUGCUCUGAUUUUUGUGCUGCUCAUCAUUGUCCUGCUUUUUAUGAGGAAGCUGAAAAAAGCUCAUGGAGUGUGGAAGAAAGAAAAUGAUGUUUCCGAGCAGACCCUGGAGAGUUAUAAAUCCAAAUCAAAUGAAGACAGUCCAGGCCAUGAGAAGAAUGAACGUGUUGUCAAUCAGAAGUCCAACAUGCAAUAUGUAACAGAAGGCUAUGUGGAAACAACAGGGAAUAACCCAAGAGACAAAACUGCCACAACGAGUGAGAAACUGUUUGGAUGUGGGAAGGAAACAGAUGUGUAG